AUGUCGAACCCUCUCGCAUUGUUAGCAUUGGCUGGAGCGGCAGUACUUGCCUUCCAUAAACGGAAAGCCAUUAAAAGUAGCCUUCACAGGUUUGACUAUAAGUACAAAGUGUCUGAUGAUAUGACAUUUUUGUUCCCAAUUGCCUACCAAGCAGUUAGGCAUGCAUACCAGACAUUAAUUUCUCAUCGGUAUAACCAAUUUUAUGACAUUGAGAAGACGGCAAUUAGCAAAAAAUACGCAAAUAAAGUUGCCAUCAACUACAUCCGACUUAAACCCGGAAAGCGUUAUCAGACAGAUGGUGAUGAAGCUUUUGCCAUACAACAGUACACAUACAAAGAGAUGUAUGACAUUGUUCUUAGACUCUCUUAUAUUCUUCACGAGGAGUACGGUAUCAACAAGGGUGAUACAGUCACGAUGUAUUUCAUGAAUAAGCCAUUAUUUAUCUUUAUAUGGCUUGCUCUCUGGAACAUUGGUGCUCUUCCAGCUUUUCUCAACUACAAUCUAAAGCACAACCCUUUGGUUCACUCGAUCAAUGUUGUGGAUUCCAAAUGCGUGUUGGUUGACUCCAGUGAUUGCUCCAAGGACUUCAAGGAAAGCGAAGACGAAAUCAAAAAGGUGCUUCCGGGUUUGAAUAUCUACUAUUUGGAUGAUGCAGAGAUGAUGAAAAGACUCAGUGAUCCGGCAGCUCCACAAUUCCGUCAAAUAGACAGCAUUAGAGACAAGGAUGUCAAGGCAUACAGCCCAGCACUUCUCGUUUACACCAGUGGAACUACAGGUAUGCCUAAAUCAGCCGUGAACUCGUGGAGAAAAGUUUUCUUUGCGGCCUAUUUUUUCCCAAUUCCUAUGGGUAUGAAUGAUGACAUGAACAUGUACACAUCAAUGCCCCUUUACCAUGGUACGGGAUCCAUUCUUGGUGUUCUGCCUACUUUUGAAUGCAGAGGAACGUUGUCUUUGGGACACAAAUUCUCCGUGUCGAGUUUCUGGGCCCAAAUCAGGCUUACACACUCGAACACCAUUCAGUAUGUGGGUGAAACUUGCAGAUACUUGGUCGAGGCACCAGAAAAUGACGAUUCUCGAUACUGCUACGGCAAGGUGAAGCUAGCUUAUGGAAAUGGUCUCAGAAUGGACAUCUGGACCAAAUUCAAGGAGAAGUUCGGUAUUCCUGCAAUUGGAGAGUUUUAUGCAUCAUCGGAGUCUCCAUUUGCAACAACAUGCCAUGAAGUGGACGGUAACGGAGUCGGUGCGAUUAGAAAUAACGGAUGGCUGGCAGAUCGGGUUUUCAGCUACACACUCUACACUCUUGUGCGUAUGGAUCCAGAAGAUGACAAUGUGAUCUACAGAAACAAGAAGGGAUACUGUGAGGAGCCCGGCGUCAACGAGAAAGGUGAGCUAAUUACGAAGAUUUGGAAUCCAAAGAAUGUCAAGGGUACUUUCCCAGGAUACAUGAAUAACGAUGAGGCAACAUACUCGAAGGUUAUCAGGAAUGUUUUCCACCAGGGAGAUGCCUGGGUGAGGUCUGACGACUUGAUGAGGAGGGACGAGUUGGGAAAUAUAUACUUCGUGGACAGACUAGGAGAUACCUACAGGUGGAAAUCCGAAAAUGUCAGUACCACAGAGGUGGAGAACGAGAUUUUGGCUUUGGAUGAUAUCGAGUACUGUGCAGUUGUUGGAUGCAAGGUGAAGAACCACGAGGGAAGAUGUGGCUAUACAGUUAUCCAGACUGUUAACAAAAAUCGGGAAGAUGAAGCACAAAGGCAGGAGGUCUUGGAUAAACUGGCAGAUAGAGUUUUUCAGCAUCUUCCACACUUUGCUAGGCCAUGCUUUGUCCGUUUCGAUAUGAUAGAGCUCACUUCGAGUCAUAAGAUAUCCAAGAAGAGGUUCAGAGAUCCAAUUCUUCCAGCUGGAAAGUCUGGCAAGCAACAGGUUUAUUAUCUUGACAACAGGGCAAAAAAAUACCGCCCAUUGAAUGCAGACCUUUACGAGCAGAUCGCUGUGGAGAAAAUAAGAAUAUAA